CCAUCACGUUUAGUCAUUGUGCGUGACCGCGUGUCAUCCAUUUACUAAUACUCUGUCCAGGACCUGGGUGCGGCAUUCAUAGGAAUGUGCAACGACUAAAUUCAUCGGGGUACACCAGCUCGCAUAUAGUGCUGACAUAUCCAUACCUGAUAAUGAUUACAUCGUGCAGGAGGUGCGUUCCCAAGCAACUAUGAGUGCUUCUCACCAAGUGACACACGAACAGCCUGUCAGCAGAGAGAUGGAUGCAGUUGUCGAUCUAGGCGAUCAUGUCUUUCACGUUGGAGUUGCUCUUUUCACUCUGUGGUGGCUGGGAUACAGUAUCUAUAGCGGUUUGCACUCGGUUCCGGAAGUUACUGCUAUUAUGAACAAGUGCCUUCUCCUGCCGUUCCACUUCGUAAGGCUCAGGCAUGACUAUGGCGUACUCUGUCAAAUUGCCACCUGGGUCCUGGACAUGGCCUUCCACGUGUGGUUCUUAUUUGUCUCCUGCAGUCAAAUUAUCUCUGGAAUGUUUUUUCACAGCUGGCCCUUUGAAAUUAUGGGUAGCAGCAUCCUGUUUAUCUUCCACCUCGAAGUCAUCAGGAAAUACUGCAAUGCUGUGCAGAUAAGCGUUGAAAACGUUGGGCAACAGGUGGAAGAGAUUUCGGAACACGAGGAAGAUAAUUUGAAUGCUGCUGGGAGGAAUGGGUCGACACCCCAAGUGGAUCAAAAUGUUGUUCAUGCGGUCACUCAGACAGAGGAGGCUUGUGCAGCAGCAAUAGCGUCCACGGAGGUCAUCCCGACUGUUUCGAAAACGCAGCACUCUGAGGAACUGGAAAUACCGGAAAAGGGUCUACAAGACCACUCGAGAACUGUGUGGUGUAAUCGCACUACCGACGUGCUGAAACAAGUGCCAAGGAGGUCGACAUGCACUAUGGUGUCUCCAAGAGAGUGAAAGAUAGUGACUGUGGAAAAAAGCAUUCACGCAAAACGUCUCUUUCCUAUGUGAGUGAGCCAUUCCUCCUGACACACCAAGAAGUCUACAAUUGAAGUCUACAACAAAGGCUUGUUGAUGAAUAAAGCUUGUAGAAGGUGGA